AUGCCCCCCGCAUCGCGCGUGCAUACGAAAGAGCGCUCAGCGCUCUCGCCGAUGCGUGCGCGUGCCUCUGCAAGACGUGUGCUAACGAAUGCGACCAACAAAGCAGGCCACAUGACCCGACAUGCGGCGCCACCUUACGAGAAACCAUCCACUACAGAUAUACAUAACCUGUUUGUGCUAGAGAAACAGCGCAUGCAAGCCACACAACGUCGUGAGAGUGCUGAGCGCGAGAGCCGUCGCGAGCGGGAGCGUCAUCUGGAUGAAAGAUUGCAUUCGGAGCGUCGUAUCGCGCAAGAAAUGCGGCCUGCGCAAGGUCCUGGCUGGCGUGGCUACCAAGAUUAUGAGGUGGAUUUACUGCAGGCCGAGCAUACGCGUACUGUCCAAACACUCGAAACAGAGCUUGCUAAGCUCCGAGAAGAGAAUGACAAACUCAAGGAAGAAGCGGCUCAGCAAUCCCAUGCGCAGCACCAAUUGGAUGCAACGACAUCCGCGUUGCAGCAACGCGUCGUAACCCUUGAGACGGAACUGGCCACGUUUCAUGCACAAACGUCUGAGCUGCGUGAAGAAGCGGCGAAGACGCGUGAAUAUGCAUCAGAUCUAGAGCACAGGCUUCAAGAAGCUGAAGCACUACGUCGUAAGCUGCACAACGAGGUCCAGGACUUGCGUGGCAAUGUCCGCGUGUACGCCCGCGUUCGGCCUCCACGCCAUGAAGGUGCCGUGAUAGACAUUCGAUACCCUGAUCGCCGCAUGGCUACACAGAUUGAGGUGCAUGCGCCUAUGGAGAGUGCUACCGGUUCAACGUCUGUGAAGACACAUGCAUUUACGUUUGAUCAUGUCUUUCCGCCGCAAGCAACACAAGCCACUGUGUUUACGGAAGUAGCGGAUUUGCUUCAAAGCGUGUUGGAUGGCUACCAUACAACCAUCUUUGCAUACGGUCAAACUGGCUCUGGGAAAACACAUACGUUAGAAGGCAGUGCGAACCUCGAAUGGACGCAAAGCGCCACGUCCAUGCUGGAAGAGGAAGCAGGCUUGAUUCCUCGUGCCAUGCAUAUGCUGUGGAAAGUGGCUGCGGCUCAGCAGAGCCUUGGAUGGAGCUAUACGUUUGAAGCGCAAAUGGUCGAAGUGUACUUGGACCAGGUCGGUGACUUGCUCAGCGCCGAGACCAAAUGUGAAAUUCGGCAUACCCCGACGCAUACACACAUUGACAAGGCCGUGGUAGCACCGUUGCACAGUCCGGAGGAUGUGUACCAACUCUUGUCCCAAGCCAAGCAACGACGGCAUGCGGCUGCGACGCGGAUGAACGAACGGUCUAGUCGCAGUCAUAGUAUAUUUGCUCUCCGGGUGCGUGGCACUCACACCGAGGGGGAGAAAACCGAUGCUGUGCUCAAUCUCGUCGACUUGGCAGGUUCAGAGCGACUUGCAACCAGUGGUUCUGGAUCAGAUGCCCAGCGAUUGAAGGAGGCACAGAGCAUUAACAAAUCGUUGAGCAGUCUGGCUGACGUUAUCGGCGCCUUGGCGACAAAUGCGAAGCAUGUGCCCUAUCGCAAUUCCACCCUGACGUGGCUCCUUAAACCCUCGUUGAGUCGCGGGUCCAAGACCUAA